ACACUUACAAUCUACGGGCCCAAAUCGUCCUAAUCCAACCCAAGUUUUAUUCUUUUUCGUUUAAAUAACACAAAACCCUAAAUCCACCCUAGCUGCCAUCGGACAUAACUUUUGCGAUACAGGGAGAGAGAGAGGAGGAAGAAGGAAAACGCAGCCAUGUCUAAAAGAAAGGUUCGGGAACCAAAGGAAGAAAAUGUCACUCUUGGACCUGCUACUCGUGAAGGAGAGCUUGUAUUUGGUGUGGCACACAUCUUUGCAUCCUUCAAUGACACCUUCAUUCAUGUGACUGAUAUCUCUGGAAGGGAAACCAUGGUCCGGAUUACAGGUGGGAUGAAGGUGAAGGCUGACAGGGAUGAGUCGUCACCCUAUGCAGCUAUGCUUGCAGCACAGGAUGUCUCUCAAAGAUGCAAGGAACUUGGCAUAAAUGCUCUUCACAUAAAGUUGAGGGCAACUGGAGGUAACAAGACAAAGACACCUGGCCCAGGUGCCCAAUCUGCCCUCAGAGCUCUUGCUCGUUCUGGCAUGAAGAUUGGUCGCAUAGAGGACGUGACUCCAAUUCCAACUGACAGUACACGUAGAAAGGGUGGAAGGAGAGGAAGGAGGUUGUGAUUGGGAUCUUUUACCAAACAAAUGGAUAAAAGUUUCAUGUUUGAACUAGUUUUUUUGUUUACAUUUCAAGACAUGUUUUGUUAUUAAUUGUUAGAUUGAUAUUAUGACAAGGCUGAGUUUACUAUUCCCUAUUAAUUACCUAAAUUUUGUGGAAA